UGAAAAUCUCUGGAGUGAGAGAGAGCGACUCAGCAGUUUAUAAGUUCAUGUUCAUAACAAACCAUCAAAGUGGACGUUACAUCGGAGAACCUGGAGUGAGAUUAACUGUUGGAGGUAAAACUCAUCAGAUUAUUAAUAUUUACAUUUUUGUGACUUAACGAUAAAUAAAAUGUCUCCAAAGUUGUUUUUUUUACGGUAAUUUGUUGAAAGUUUAGUUUGAGUCGUGAUCGUCCAUCAGAUCAUUUCUUCUAAAUCUGUCACUGACCUGCACAGAUUUCUUCCCAAGUUCAAAAGCCUCCAAGUGUUUCCAGAGAACAAAGAGAAGACUCUUCCUGAGCUCACAGGGAGCUGAAGAUCUCCUCUGAUCUCCUUCAUGAAGUUCUGAACAUUUCAGCUGAAUGUCUCCUUGAUGCUGUUGCAGACUUUCACUAACAUCCAUGUUUUCAUCACAUUCCAGACCUCCAGGUUCUGCUGGUUUCCACAUCAGUCCAGCAGGAAGAUUCAGACGUUCAGCUAAAGUGUUUCAACAGAUGUGAUCCAAAAGGUUUGAAUAAAUAUGUCUGGUUCAAAAACGGAGAAGAAACCAGAUCAACAACACGGUCCAGAACCAGUCAGAUGUUUACGUGCAGAAGCAACAUUUCUUCCACAGACAGGAUCUCUUGUUCUCUGAGUUCCUCAAAGACGCAUCAAAGUCCUGAAGUUUACCUGCAGACAGACUGGAAAGUGAAAUACUAUCAGACUGAAAAAUGUGCUAAUAAAGGAUCAACUGUGGUCAUAUGGUACAUAUAUGAUUAUCCAGAAAUGAUAAAUGGAGUCAGCACCAUUGUUGAAAAAAGAUUCUGGUUCAUCAGAACUGAAGGAGAACCUGUAGACCUGAAAGAAGAUCCAGAAUACAAAGAUCGAGUGACUUACGACUGUUACUCAAAGAUCUGUUAUCUGAGAAUCUCUGGAGUGAGAGAGAGCGACUCAGCAGUUUAUAAGUUCAUGUUCAUAACAAACCAUCAAACUGGACAUCACAUCGGAGAACCUGGAGUGAGAAUAACUGUUAGAGACCUCCAGGUUCUGCCGGUUUCCACAUCAGUCCACCUGGGAUAUCUCUACGUUCAGCUAAAGUGUUUCAACAGAUGUGAUCCAAAAGGUUUGGAGGAAUAUGUCUGGUUCAAAAACGGAGAAGAAAUCAGAUCAAUGAUUUUGACUUCCAGGAGUCAAAAGUUUUGGCACAAAGGAAACAUUUCUUCCACAGACAGGAUCUCUUGUUCUCUGAGUUCAUCAAAGACGAAACAAAGUCCUGAAGUUUAUGCUCCACAAACUCCAACUGUAUCCCUGGAUCCCCCCACAGAGAUCCUGGAGGGCAGUUCAGUGACUCUGACCUGCAGCAGUGAUGCUAACCCAGCAGCUAACUACUUCUGGUACAAAAGGACAAAUUCAGAUGCGGAACUUAUCUCAGUGGAUCCAAAAUUUGUCCUCAGCUCCAUCCAGUCCAGCGAUUCUGGGGAAUAUUACUGUAAAGUCCAGAACCAGCUGGGUUGGGAAACCGCAGACAUUAAACUUGUGGUGAAAUGCCCCGGGAAGACAAAGAAAAAACGAGGAGAGAGGGAGAGAAGCUCCUGCCACCCAAAGACCCAAAGGGAGAAGAAGUGA